AUGAUCUCAAUAAAGAAGUCCCUCAGCUUGCAUGUCCAAGCAGAUCGCCUAUGGCUCCUCGGGGCGCUCCUGCUGCUCCUCGCCGUCGCGCUCAUCGGCGCGGUGCCGUGCGAGAGCGCAGCUCCCGCGCUCCGCCUCCGCGGCUCCGUCGCCUGCCUCGACUGCGCCGCGGGACACGACCUCUCCGGUGUGGUCGUGGCGGUGAAAUGCGCCGGCGACGACGGCGGCGGCGGAGGCGCGGGUCUCCACGCGGCGCAGACCGACGGGCGCGGCAACUUCGACGUGGCCGUGCCAGGAGCGUCAGCCUCGCCGUGCGCGGCGAGGGUCCUCGGCGCCACGGAGCAGCUCUGCGCGCCGCAGGGGCUCACGGUCUCGCGCGUCGUCCCGGCCCGGGCGCCUGGCCCCACCGCCGCCGCCGCCUCCUCGUAUGUCUUGGGCUCCCGCCUCGCCUUCUUCACAAGGUGCGCCGCAGCUAGCGGCAGCUCCGCUAUCGCGACGACCAUGGCAGCCGACCGUGACCGUGACCACCAAGGGAACGCCCCGCGGGAGCCGGAGCUGAGGCCGACGCCCCCGGCGGUGCAGACGCCGGCGUGGCCUCCGCCGUUCGCUGGGUGGAGGCAACAGCCCUUGAACGUGAACGCUGCCGUGUCCAAAGUACUAGUAUAG